AUGGAUUGGAAGCAUCUGUUAUCAUUGUCUCCGCAUAAUUUAGAUGACGUACGCAAGGAUGGUGCAGCACUGGAAAUCGCCAAUUUGUCCACCGACAUUAAGUUGGACAGCAAAAGUAGCAAAAAGUUGUUCCGUUUGGCACAAGUGGCGCUGCGUUUCCGGAACGAUCAGGUAAGACAAUUGAAACAGACGCUAGCGGAAGGUAAAGACGAUUUCGGCAGUCAGGAGCGGCUUAAGGAAUGGAAAAGAACCAUUGAGAAGCUUGAGCUGGAACGCCACACCCUGCGAACAAAGCUCAAGGACAUGACGGAAGAGAAUGCCAAACUGCAGGCAAAGUAUGCCGAAGGACUUCAUGUCGGCGGUGGUAGCGAGGGUGACGAUUCUCCCGAUGCUUUAUCGGAGAUCGAAAGACAGCAGGAGCUGUAUAACAACAUCAGUAUGAAGAAUAAGCACAUUAAAAGGCUUCUACGCGAUAUUGAUGAUCUGGAAAAGCGGAACAGCUUUCAGGUUGAUACGAUCAAUGGGCUGCAAGUGAGCUUGAACGAUGCAACGCUAAACAUAACCGCCCUGACACUUAAGUUUGAAGAACUACAACUGCGUUCGAAGGAACAGCAAGAAUUGAACAACAAGCUGAACGAAAAGCUUCAGCAGAUGGAAGGUGAGCUGAUGAAUAUUUGCGAAGAAAAGGAACAUUUGGUGGAGGAGCUUAGCAAGGUCAGUAAGCUGCAUGCGGACCAGGUUGCCGAAUGGGAGGAUCAGUUUGAUCAGCGGGAGAAGCAGCUGAACGAGUUGCAGGAUCGGUACGAUGAUCUUUUGAGCCAGUUCCCGGGCAUUGAUAUUGAGGCGGAACGACGAGAAUACAAAUUAAUGAUGGAACGGCUCGAGCAGAAGGAUGAAAUCAUUGUCGAUUUGGAGCAAAAGAUUUUAACGCUUUCAAAGGAAAUGCAUCGCUCGACGGAAGUGAUGAAUCGGAUCAGCGAGGAGAAGGAGCGAGCGGGUAAGGAGAAGCAACAGGAAAGCCAUUGCUGCCAAGAGUAUCGAAUGCAGCUAGAAAAGGCGAGCGCACGGUGCCGCGAAAUGCAGGAUAUUCUGGCCGAUGUUGAAGAGGAUAAUCGGUUGAAAUCACGCCAAUCUGUAGAAGCAAUAGAAGCACUGAGACGGUACGAAAAUGGCGAAGAAGGACUGGCGAGUGCGCUGAAAAAGGUGAACCGUUUGCAGGAAAAGGUGAACUCCCGUGACAAACAAAUUCGUCAGCUGAUAUCGGAGAUCAAUCUAGCUAAUGAGAUUGCCAUCGAAAAUAGUGUGUUACGAAAACGAUUAGGCAUAGAGGACGAUGAGGUUGUCGCGACGAGUUCAAUACUGGCAAAGCAGAAAAAGAUUUCCAAAGUAAACGAACGGUUAGCGCUAAAGCUGCGUGCUUCAGAAGAGAUGAGACUGCAGCUAAAGUUGGAGAAAAACGACCUUAAGCGGCAGUUAGCAGCACUAGCGCAGAAUGUGAAAAGACAAAGCAAAGAAGCAAGCAACGAAGCUGAUGCUGAUAAAGCAACACCUUCAUCUCCUGGGGCACAAAGUGAGGCAGAAGUAGAUGGAGUGAUUUCAUCGAUUACUGACCUGCAUGGAGUGAAGUUCUGUGAGAAAUGUAUGAAACAGUACAACGUACAGGACAGUAUGAAACAUUGUAAGGCGUGCAUAUUCCGGCACAGCUUCAAUUACUGUGAUAAAUGCGUUGGACAGUUGAAAAUGAAUUUCGACGAUGAAAGCACGAGAGGUGCAAUGCAGACAAACGGUAGGAACGACGAUUCCAACAACUAUCAACGUAUCGUCGAGUUAGAAAAACAAUACAUUACGAUAUUGGAGGAGAACGAACAUCUACGCGAUGGAAUGCAUGAAAUUUUGGAAAAACUUCGGGAGUAUGACGCAAUGUCGGAUCAGCUUACGAUCGAUAAGGAUACGUUGGAGAAACUGCUGAACGUGCUCAGUGUGCGACCGAUGUCUGGCUGGCAUAGCGGUAUGCGACUACCGAACGAUCUACUAGCAGCUCGGGAGCGGGAUAUGCUCCUGAAGGAACGUUUGACCAUAGUGGAUCCGGAUGCAAGCGGACGGAAAAGUAAAAGCGUCCAGUCGACGGAAAGUGUGAACGAUUCGGGAAAUGUUUGCAACGAGGAUGAUAACUCGGAGUCAAUCGAUCGACUAGAGCCGGAGCAGCUGGAUUUCAGUGAACAGGUUUUGCUGAAAGCGGUGGAAAUUGACCGUCUGACGGAAAGAAACGAACAACUGCGUACGGAAAACGAGCGACUGCUGACGGUGCAGGACGAGCUGCGCGUAACGCAAAAGCUGUACAACGAAAUACUUCACAUUACCAGUGCGUCUGAGAACGAGAAAGAUCGACUGCUUGUGCAAACGGUCGACCGUUUAAAGGAUAUCGAAUCGGGCGUCUGUGUGCUGCAGCGUAAGGUGGAUUUCUUAAAAGCGGACAACGACAACCUGCACAACUCGUUGCGUCAGAUCAAGAGCGAAUAUUUAAAUUUGCUACACGAUCUGCGGUUAGAGCUGGCAAGGAAAAGUACCGAGCUGAAACAGACGCAAGCGAUCGGUAUACACAAGGAGGAUUCGUUUGACUCGAUGGAUAGCGAUCUGGUCGAGAAGUUGGAGGGCGAGAUGAUGCGAAUGAAGUUUGAGGCGACAAAUAUUUAUAACAUAUUUUUGAAAAACAUACAAGAAGUGGACAAGAACCAAUUACCCGACGUAGAUUACACCAAGCUAAAUCAAUUGACCAUAGUGGAUAACAACUUAGCGGUAGAGUUCAUAACCAAGGAGGAGCACAAGCGCAUGAAGGAUCGUUUGAACGAAUUGGAGCGUGAGCUAAAUCGCGAGCUGGUGAAAAACGGACAUUUAGAAGAAUUGUUGAAAGUGUCCAACGAUCAAAUCCGAUCGCAACAGUCCCUUAUUUCAAAGUAUUCCGAGGAAGAAGUUAGCUUGCGUCAUCUGGUUGUUGAUUUGCAAAGUGAAUCCAAUGAAAAAUACCUAUUGGCCCGUGCAAACAAAGAACUAGAUCUCGUGCGCGAACAGGAGGAAAGUUUAAAGCUGGAGAACAGUAAAAUGAAGCAAAAGUUGAUGCAAAAAAUGGAAGAACUUGAUAACUUGAAGCAACGAUACGAGCAACAGGAACAAGAAUUUGGUGCCCAACAGAAAGAGAACAAACUUAAAAUAAGAUAUCUGAAGAAAAGCCUACAACUUCUGUCGACGGGUAACCACACAUAUCUACCCACAUUUGCGAUACCGGAGUUCAUUAAGAUGUACACAAAAGUGAUGGAAUUGCGUGAAAGUCUGGAGGAACAGCAACGGAAAGUUCGCAGUCAAAUGCGGGAUGAAGAAUAUGAGCGAAUAUUUGCAAAAUUGAAGGAAAAUAUUGAAGGGAAUCAUAUACAGGAUAAAAUCAAUUUGAUUAAAUUCGAAAGCCAAAGUGAGUAUUUGACUAGACAGUUGAUACUGUGUCAGGAACAGGUCGAUCAGUUGCAACGGGAAAAUAAACAGCUGCGUUUGCACGAAAUAGACAGCACUAGACACUGGGACACUCUGGAGCUAUUGUUUGGCGAAGAAGCAACAGCACAGCGAUUGCGCAAGGAUCAGGACAAAUACUUCGACAAAGCGGUGCAAGUAUCUGUUGAAACAUCAACCAAGUGUAUUAACACAAUUCCGAUAAUAGACGAUAGCUUCGGGGAACCACCAAGAAGAUGUUCUUCCGGUGAUACCAUAAAUGAUUACGACGAUAGAAAUGAUCGAAAUCAAACCGUAGUGAUAGACGAUGAACAGUCAGCUAAGCCCGUUCAAACGGUGGCUCAAAAAUCGCUCGAAUCUCAACUUAAACAGGCAAUGAUGCUAGCUUCCACAAGAAGUGCGCUCCUGUUGGAAGCCGAAAGCCGACUGUCCGAGUGCCAGGGAAGAAUAAAGCUGCUGGAAAAAUCACUGGAGGAGAAGGAUGGUUUACUUCGGCAACAGACACAAUCAUCAAGCGUUAUAAAGCAAGAUCACGUGGAAGACAGUAUUCUUAGCUCUACUAUAGGUUCGUUGCAGAAUCUGCUUCUGGAAAAGGACACAACAUUAUCGAGGUACCAAGAGUUACUAAAAUCGGAGCGAAACGAGCAUUCGCAGGUGUACGAUAGAAACAUGGCGCAAAUAAGAAAUCUUAAGCAAACAAUCGAUGAACUGGAGCAGAAACUUUACGAAAAACAAAAGGAGUGUGACAAUAUCUCCACCCAGCUCAGCGACAUGAAUCGUCUUAAAGCGCUCCAGGAGAGUGUGCCAGAAAAGGCCCGACCGAUGGAGGAGGAAGCAACCGUAUCGGAAGCUGGCGCGAUGGUUUACACGGACAAAAUAAUAGAAAACAUUUAUGAAAUAGACGAAAAGAAAGAGCGCGAAAUUGCAGAUCUUAAUGUGCAGGUGAACAUGCUCGAAGGCAACGUGCAGAAGCUGGAAAAUGAACAGAAGCGGCUGCAGCUCCAGCUGCGGGAAUCGAAUGCUCGAGAGAAAAAGUGCGAAAAAUUGCUACGGGAAAAGGACAUGGAGUUGGGAUCGCUGAACGAUCGGUUGGCUAAGGAAGCGAACGAUUUGCGUGAAUUUACCGAAACGAUCGCAAGCGCGCAGGAGAUUGAGCAGCUGAAGGAGAUGCUGGAGGAGAAGGAUCGGCACAUACAGGAUCUCACCGAAACGCUGUCACAAUUUCAUGAAGAUCAACGUAGCUUCAUGAACGAUACGUCGCUACACUCCGCCGAACAGGUGUCCCAGUUGAGUGCGGACCUGAAUCGCAGCGAGGCCAGCAAUCGGGUGUUGAAGACACAAAUCGAAGCACUUAAACGGCAGAUCGUUAGUAUACAGCAGCGCGAAAAGCAAUCGCGCGAUCUAGUAAAAACGCUCAAAAACCAACUGAUUAAGCGUCCCGUCAUUGCGAUGAAACCGGAUCGAAUGUCAACCCCACGCGAGGAUCAGUUAGCCCGCCGUGUGCAGCUGCUGGAAACGGAGCUACUGGAUACGAAAGAUGAGCUACGGAAGCAGACGGUGAUGAACGAAAAUCGGCGUGCGAAAACGGCAGCCGAAUUGGAUCUGUGGAACAAACAGAAACGUUGGCAGCAAAUGGCGGAACGGUUGAAGGUGCAGCUGAAGGAGCGUGAGGUAGAACUUGAAAAGCUGAAGGUUCACUUCAACACUGCCAAAACGACGAUCGCUCGAAUGGAGCGUGAUCGUACGCGGAUGAAUAGUGGCGCGAGCACAACUGCUGCAACAGCCACGCUGCUGGACAAUAAGUAUCAACCUUCGGGAUCGCCUGAUCAGUACUGCAGCACGGACAGUACGGUUUCGGAGGAUACCAGCACCACGACCACAACACAAAUGUUCACUCAAAACAGUAAAGAAAUCAUCGAUGCGCUCAAGAGCCGGAUUGAGUCGCAACAGCGAAGAAUUAUUGCCAUGGAGCUUGAUAGGAAGGGUUCUAACACGGUUGCACACGAGCUGGAGAAGAUGCAAGAGAAGCUAUGUAACAUGGAAGCUCAAAAUGUGCGUCUAGAAGCCAAGACUUUGCAGCUCCAGCUCGACAACGAUAUGUUGCGGCAAAGUGAUGAAUCGGAACGAUUGAAAAGGCAGAUCAAGCAUCUAGAAGAGUAUGUUAUUGCACUUAAGGAAGAAAUCGCCAAAGCAACGGCCGGUUGUCCAGAGUCUAUCAACUUCGAGAAUCUUUGCGUACGUUGUAGUCGACGGAGCGGUUCGAGUGAUCUAGCCGAGCGAAACGCUAAUCUCGAGCAAACCGUACUCACUCUAAAGCGCAUGAUCGAAAAGCUUCGUGUCGAGAACAAACAUCUUAAAGAACACCGCAACAGGGAACGUGCGGCUAACGCUGAAUCUCUCAGCAACCCACCGAAUGAAACGAUUGCCAAGGAGCUGUACGAUCGACUGAAAAGGGAGCACGAAAAAUUACAGCAAAAUCUUACGGAGGCUCUCAACAAGGUGUCGGUGCAGCAGGUGGAGAUAGAACUUCUGUCCAGUGUUACGUGCACUCGCUGUAAGGUGCGAUACAGCGGUGAAACGAUGGCUGCCGGCGCGAAUCGCGACGAUGUUGCCGCAGACGAAGCGUUAAAAGAUAAGCUGGAAAAGAAAAGUCAGUUGCUGGAGAAGGCGAAAAUUCUCCUGCAACGUGCAGCGGCAAAGGAACGAUACCUGAAGGAGCAAAUCGAUCUGCUACGGCGUAAAUGUUCCGAUUUGCAGAAUGUGCCCGUUAUAGACGAAAUAAGUGAAUAA